AUGACAACAAAUAUAAUAUUGUCUUUUACGGAUCUACCAUUACUCGUACAAGAUAAAAUAAUAAAUUAUUUUUCAUAUGCAGAAUUAAGUUGUUUACGUUCGACAUCAAAACAUUUUCAGCGAUUAUGCUCUGAAAAGCUCAAUCGAGGUUAUUCUCAACUUGAAAUAAUUAUUCAUGAUUUACAAAAACAAAUUAAAACAAAAUUGCCACGACGAGAAUCGGAACGACAUAAACAUCCUUUAUCAACAAAAUUUGAUAUAAUAUCUUCUCUUGAUUCUCGUAUUCAAUGGCUUAAAUUAACAUUUAGUUCGGCCAUACAAAAUUCAUUCUGUUGUUUUUAUCCGGGUCAUUUACUUGAUGAAAUUUAUUCAGUAUUAAAUCAUUUAAAAACACAGCAAUCAUUUUCAAAUCCAUGUACACUGCUGCAAGAAACACGUGAUAUGUCAUCAAUGGCUAUUGAGCAUUUUCGUGAACAAAUUAAACCGAAAUUACAAUCAAUGCGUAUGACUUCGUUAAAUACAAUACGUCAUAAUAUUUCGACAUUUUCAACAACUAUGACUAGUUCUCUAUCUCAUUAUCAUCAUCAUCAUCGUAAACGAUCAACGAAUGGAAUAUUUCGUCGACGAAUCGAUAUAUUAAAAAAUCGUAUAUGUAAACAAAAUAUUAUUAUGAAAUCUCAAAAAUCUCAAGUGAAACAUUAUAAACAACUAUUACAUAUGCGUACAAAAUCAUUAAUUGAUCAUCAUAGGCGUUUAAAGUAUCUUGAAAAGAAAAAUAAAGAAUCAGAACAAAUUCUACUUGAAAUACAACGAGAUAACAAUACAUUAUUACAACGUAUUGAUCGAUUUGUUUUAACCUACGAUAACAUACCAACGGAACUAAAUAAUAAGAAAUGUGAUGAAAUAUUUCCUCAAAUAAAUACAAAUUUAAAACGUCGAAAAAUUGAUUGA